AUGGGUCUCCUGCAUUUGGUUGAAGACCGUCCCACUCCCAAGACCAUCUACAACUGGAGGGUUUACUUCUCUGCGGCGGUAGCUGCCUCUGCUGCCAUGAUGAUUGGGUAUGAUUCCGCGUUCAUCGGCGGCUCUAUUGCUUUGAAGUCGUUCAAAGACGAAUUCCACUUCGGCGAUCUCUCCAAGUCGGCAGUCAACCUCCUUUCGGCCAACAUUGUUUCUUGCUAUCAAGCCGGUGCCUUUUUUGGCGCCUUUUUCGCUUAUCCUGCUGGCCACUUCCUUGGACGAAGGAUCGGACUGCUCAUCUGUGCUGCUGUUUUCAUUCUCGGUGCUGGGAUGAUGUUAGGAGCCAAUGGAGCCCGUGGGUUGGGCCUCAUAUAUGGAGGUCGCGUGCUCGCCGGGAUGGGCGUUGGAGGAGCGUCAAACCUCUCGCCGAUCUAUUGCUCUGAGGUCGCCCCUCCCGCCAUCCGUGGCCGGCUGGUUGGAUUAUAUGAGAUGGCAUGGCAAAUUGGAGGACUGGUCGGAUUCUGGAUUAACUACGGCGUCUCAGAGACCAUGGCACCUUCCCAUGAGCAAUGGAUCAUUCCGUUUGCUGUACAACUCAUCCCCGCUGGCCUCCUGUUCUUGGGCGCAUGGGUCAUUAAAGAAUCGCCCAGAUGGCUCUUCUCCCGCGGACGCCGUGAAGAAGGAAUCAAGAACUUAUGCUGGCUACGAAAGCUUCCGGCCGAUCACAUCUACAUGCAAGAAGAAAUUUUCGCUAUCGACAACGCUAUCGAGCACCAACGCUCUACUGUCGGUUUGGGCUUCUGGCAGCCAUUCCGAGCCGUCCUCACAGACCGCAGGGUCACUUACCGCUUCCUGCUUGGUGGUUCCCUCUUCCUGUGGCAGAACGGUUCGGGGAUCAACGCGAUCAAUUAUUAUUCUCCCACGAUAUUUGCGUCGAUUGGGAUCACCGGGACCAACACUUCUCUCCUAACUACCGGUAUCUUCGGCGUCAUCAAGACCGUCGUUACUCUGUUUUGGCUCUUCUUGCUGAUUGACAAAUUGGGCCGCCGCGCCCUUCUCAUGUACGGUGGCGUCGCGGGCUCUCUCUGCAUGUGGUAUAUCGCAGGCUACAUCGCGGUUGCCAAACCGGCAGACCAUCCAAGCGAUACGCUCUCGUCGGGUGGCAUUUCAGCUAUGGCUUUCUUCUAUUUAUGGACCAUUGUGUAUUCGCCGUCGUGGAAUGGUGUCCCGUGGGUUUUGAACUCGGAGAUGUUCGAUCAGAACGUGCGAACGCUCGCUCAAGCCUUUGCCGCUGCAAACAAUUGGUUCUGGAAUUUCAUCAUUGCUCGCUUCACCCCCCAAAUGUUCGCCUCGAUGUCCUACGGCGUGUACAUGUUCUUCGCCUCUCUCAUGCUCUUGGCAGCAGUCUACGUCUUCUUCCUAAUUCCCGAAACAAAGGGCAUUCCGCUCGAGGCCAUGGAUCGGCUCUUCAGCAAGGAAUACCCCGCGAGACGCGCACACCAGAUUGUCUUCAGCCAGAUUCGCAUGGAGGAUCAGGAGUUCAGACGGCAGAGUAUUGGUGGUGACAAAGAGUCUGUUGAAGAACGCGAGGUGGCUGUCGAGAAGGUGUAA